AAGAAGAUCGUUCAGUUGCCGGUUGGAAUGUUGAAGAUAUGGAUAAGGUUCAACUUAAAUUUCAUCAAACUGUUAGAAUUAAUUAUGAAAUCAAAAGUUUAUGUGUUUCUGAUGAUAAGAAACUUGCUUAUGUUUAUCAUGGUUAAUAUUUUUUAGUAAUCGAUAUGAAUAAUGAAAAAAAAAUUGCAUUAAAUUUAAAUGCAAAAAAUGCUUAUUAUUGUACCUUUAAUUUAAAAGGUGAAUUUAUUUUAUGUAGUUUUUAUUGCUUUCAUUCUGAUCUUGGAUUUCAUGAUAUUAUUUGGAUUUAUUCCACACAAACUAAAAAUAACAAAUGGGAAUGUAAGAGAUUUUACAGGAUACCUGAAAAUUAUGAAUUAAUCAGAAUAUCAAAAUAUGAUAAUGUUUACCUGGUUUCAAAUGAUUACAUUUAUGAAUGGAAUAUUAAUACUGAGAAAAGUGUAAAAUUAUUUGGUAAUAAUAAGGAUAAGAAUAAGUUUGAAACAAAAAUUAUAGGAAUAUUUAGUAAUGAAAAGUUUACUUCUCUAAAAAUCAAUGAUAAAAUCAUUGUUUAUUCAAUCGAAUACGAAUUGGGAAUUCCUAUUGCUUCUUUGGAUAUAAAUGAUGGUAAACAUUUUUAA